GAGGGCAGCCCAGCCCCAGCCCCAAUCCCAGCCCCAGCCCCAGCCCCAGCCCUAACCCGGGUUGCCAACAACCUACGCCGCAGUCCGUUCCCAGUCUACCGGCUCCCUCCGCUGCUCUCUGGGCGCCAUCCCCUGCUCACCUCGAAGCCAACAUGAAGGAAACCCGGGGCGACAGCGGGAGCGCCCCUUUCUGCACCCGCCUCAACCACUCCUACCCCGGCUUGUGGGGUCCCGAGCAGUCCGCAGAGGCGCGGGACAACCUCACGCGUACGGUAGGGCCGGGUGAGGACUGCGGCUCGGUGUCCGUAGUCUUCCCAAUCACCAUGCUGAUCACUGGUUUCGUGGGUAACGCGCUGGCCAUGCUGCUGGUGUCGCGGAGCUACAGGCGCCGGGAGAGUAAGCGCAAGAAGUCGUUCCUGCUAUGCAUCGGCUGGCUAGCUCUCACGGACCUGGUCGGACAGCUGCUCACCAGCCCGGUAGUCAUCUUCGUGUACCUGUCCAAUAAGCGCUGGGAACAGCUCGACCCGUCGGGGAGACUGUGCACCUUCUUCGGUCUGACAAUGACUGUCUUUGGGCUUUCCUCGCUCUUCAUCGCUAGCGCCAUGGCCGUCGAGAGGGCGCUGGCCAUCCGGGCGCCGCACUGGUAUGCGAGCCACAUGAAGACGCGCGCCACCCGCGCGGUGCUGCUCGGCGUGUGGCUGGCGGUGCUCACCUUCGCCCUGUUACCCGUUCUAGGCGUGGGUCAAUACACCAUCCAAUGGCCCGGGACGUGGUGCUUCAUCAGCACCGGCGGCGGGGGUAACGGAACUAGCUCUCCCCACAACUGGGGCAACCUUUUCUUCGCCUCCACCUUUGCCUUCUUGGGGCUUUCAGCUCUGGUGGUCACGUUUGCUUGCAACCUGGCGACUAUUAAGGCCCUGGUUUCCCGCUGCCGAGCCAAGGCCACGUCAUCACAGUCCAGCGCCCAGUGGGGCCGGAUCACGACUGAGACGGCCAUCCAACUCAUGGGAAUCAUGUGCGUGCUGUCGGUCUGCUGGUCACCGUUGCUGAUAAUGAUGUUGAAAAUGAUCUUCAAUCAGACAUCAGUUGAGCAUUGCAAGACACAGAUAGAAAAGCAGAAAGAAUGCAACUUCUUCUUAAUAGCUGUUCGCUUGGCUUCACUGAACCAGAUCUUGGAUCCCUGGGUUUAUCUGCUGCUAAGAAAGAUCCUUCUUCGAAAGUUUUGCCAGGUAGCAAAUGCUGUCUCCACCUGCUCCAGUGAUGGACAGAAAGGACAGCCUAUCUCAUUAUCCCAUGAAAUAAUACAGACAGGAGCAUGAAAGAGAACACUUAACUUGCAUGUCCACAGCUUUUGGCAAUCCUAAACCUUAAUGUGAAUUUAGGCAUCUCUGGUAUGCCAUUGAAGUGAGAUUUUUUAUGUAAGGCUAAGUGGCCUUAGAAGCAUAAAUAAUACCUGUUAUGCCAAAAGCAUUGAAAUAUAAACAAAGAAAACUACAUUAAUGGCAAUCUAACGUUAUGCCAUUUCUUCUAAUGUUAUGCCAUUUGUGUAGCUGAAUGUGCAAUUAUUAAUGAGAUAAAGGAAUUUUUUUAUAAGCCAUUUUGGCAGUGGUGGGGUGGAGUUGGGGGUUGCUAAUAUUCUGGUAUACAGAAUACACAAGGAUUCAAUGCUUACAUCAUCAAAGAUAAAGCAGCAAGUCUUUUGUCAUCAUUUAGGGAACUUUGGUUUUCUGUGUUCUCUUUCACUCUCUUCCACCCUGUCACUCUUUUCCUCUUACAUUAAAAAAUAUGUUGAUUUAGGAUUAAAAAAUGUGUAAUGUAUCCACGGUAAUCAUUGGUACUGAUGUUAUUUAAAUAUUGCUCAAUAUGUAAAUUAGCUGCUAUCUUACACCAUUAAACUUUUGGUUGGGUUGGUAGUUAGGUUUACCAAUUACCCAAAGAUGAGCCCAUUCCACUUAUUUCUAAUAUGGCAGGAUUUGUGACUUUCCUUCUUGCUAAAUGUUAUUCCUUUUCAAUGUAUGUUGAAUUCCUAAAACCUGAAGAAGGUCCAUAAAACUAAUCUUGAGAGUCAGUGAAGUGAUUUUUCAGAAUGCUAUUUAAAGACUUAGUUGGGUACUAAAUAUAGGUACUCUGGAUAAUUAUCUCCUCUGGUUUUUCCACCCAGGUAUUCCCCAGUCCCUUGGAUAUUUAAAUAUUAACCACAGUUAUAAGAUCAAUAAAUAUUUUGUAGGUUACAUAACUAUUUCUCCAUAAUUUGAACUAUUAUAGAAUAAGAAAAUUAAUAAUAUUGACCCUCUUACAGUCCUUUAUCUUUCCUCCCUCCAAACAGAUCUUCUAAAUAUUUAAUAUUAAAAUAUUUUUCUUUCUACAUCUGUACAAACUGAUAGGUAAGCUUGGCUAUCUAUGCACAAGUAGAUAACUAUGUUGAGUUCUGAGAAUUGCACUUAAAAAAAAAUUCACCCAAAACACACCAAUGUUUUACAUUUGACCCACACAAAAUACCCAUAUUGAGUUCUUUAGAGCAUUUUUCAACUCAUUAACAUUUUCUUGUGAAGAUUUAAAUUUGUAGCAUCUUUUUUGCUUUCCUAAUUUAAAAAAAAGAACUUGAGUUGUAUAUAUAUUUCUUUAUAGUUACUACA